AUGACCAUGUGGACGCUGCUUCUGUUGGUAUUGCCUACCAUCACGGCUGUUCUAAAGCUCAAUAAUGUCGGCUACCUGAACCUGAUCGAUUGUGAAACCGGCAGUAAUGCAAUGUUUUUAGACACGGCAAACCAAGCAGCAUUUGAUCCGACUAACAGGUUUCUAUAUGUAACCGGUUCCAAAUGUGUGAAUGUAGUGAAUAUUGCAAACCCGUCACAACUUAGUCUUGUAGCGACACAUUUCUUUAACGACGGAAAUGAUGGACGUCUGGUUGAUAUCGCUCAAUGUGGAAAUAAUGUGGCAGUGCUACUUGAGAGCGUCUUUGAGUUUACGGAGGGCCAUGUUUACAUGUGUGAUGUCUAUGACGUGUUCACCAAUUCAUUCAAUUGUGACAAAUUUAACAGAAUUACAGUUGGAGAGACCCCAAAGAGCAUGACUUUCACCAAUGACUGCUCAAAGUUACUGGUUGCUAACGAAGGCCGACCAGGAGUGUUGAAUGGAAUAUUUACAGAUCCCGACGGAACAGUCUCCAUUAUCACCGCUUCUUCUGGAAGUAGUCCAUCUACUAGAGAACUUUCUCUCUCACACUUCAACGAUGAACAGAUUAAGUACAUAAAUGCGGGAGUCAGAUGGGUAUAUCGUGGGGAUCAUAACAAUGGAAUUGUCACGAAAUUUUCCCAAGACCUCGAGCCGGAACAGGUUGCCAUCAGUGACGACGGAAACUGGGCUUACGUCACCUUGCCGGAAAACAAUGCAAUGGCAGUUAUAGACCUCAUGAAUGAAGAAUGGCAUGCACUCCAUUCCAUGGGAGUCAAGGAUUGGGAAUCGUCGAGUCUUGACGCUUCCGACGACGAUGGAGGUGCCAAUAUGAUCAGUUAUACCGUGAAAAGUUUGAACCAGCCAACUGCUGCCGUUUUUGUCCAGGCUAACACGAAUAAGUACGUGGUAACAGCUAACACCGGUGUCCCGAAGACAUAUACCGACCAGGUACAGGGAGUGAACUUCACAGAUAGUGUCAGAGCGAAAUCUGCCUUUAUGGAGGGCGAUAUUGAUCAAGGCGUGAUAUCAGAGAGUCUGAGGUAUAACCUUAUCACUGAAAGUAGACUAGGUAAAGUUUAUAUGAGUGAAAUCGAUGGCAAAAGCAGUAUUAGCGGCCUCAUAGAAACUAUUUAUUUGUUCGGGGGUCGCGAUCUCGGUUUCUGGAAUACUGAAACCAACAUAACUCAAUACACAACAGGUAACGAUUUGGAGGCAAAAGCCCUGGAAUCAUAUCCCAGCGUGUUCAACGGCGACUGCUCGAACGACACAUUAACCCCAGCGUCUGAGUCUGACAGUCGUUCCCCAUGGAUGGGUCCAGAGCCGAACGUCCUUGCCGUUGGAGAAUACAACAAUUUACCUUUCGUAGCCACCGCCACAAGGAAUGGUCUUAUCUACUUACAUAGUAUACCAUUCAAUACUCCCAUCUACCAGAGUGUUCACAGAUUGGGUGAUACCACUGCCAAGUGGGGUGAUUCCCAAGGCACUGACGCAGCUGGAGAUGGACUCAUUUCAGACAUGGGUUUCAUCCCGAGAAAUUGGAUUGGUAACAAUCCAUUUUUGUUUGUGAUAAGUAGAGGUACCGGUUCAGUAAGCAUUAAGGAGAUAUUAAAUGAAUGA